AUGUCGGCUUCCCGGUUAAUCUCUUGUUUACCAGUUUUUUCAAAGAUACCUACUUCUCUUUUGCAUAAUUGUUAUGGUAACUCAACCGUUCAAGUAAGAUCGAAUGCUUGGAGAGCAAGCAUAGGUAAAAUUGCACGAUCAAAGUAUUUACUGCGUUAUCCAAUUAGAAUAGUCAAAUCAGAUGGAUCAACAGUAGAGCUCCGGUCAUCAGAGCCUAGACAGGUUGUUCAACUAGCCGUAGAUUUGAAAGCUUUGAGUGAAGAUGAAAGGAGACAACGGUUAGCUGCUCGAAAACCCAAAGCCAAAAAAAUUGAAGAAGAAGUCAUUGAUGAUAAUUUCGAUGAAGCAGAUUACCUCCAAUACUUUUCUCAAUCUGCUUCCAAGAAGAAAUCUAUUUAA